AUGGAUGUGGCGGGAGGCGCGGCAUCGAUUGUGGACUCUGAGACGCGGGGUGUCGGGGACCGUAGCUUUGCCAAUCACCGUGCUGUUUGCUCGUGGAGAACCGACAAGUCAGAAGGUGAUGAGGCGCUGCCUCAGAGGGAUGCACUUGAAACUCAACAAGAAGGGGUACAGGGCCCCUUUUCAUGCGGUGCUGCCGCGGAGGCGCCACUGCCCACCGAGCUGCGGUCGCCAAGUCGCACGGAAUCCUACUGCAUGAGUGCUGCUUGUGAAUACGCGGGUGGUCAUGUCGGGAUAUACAGAGAUGGAUCUUCACACCCGGGCGUUCCGUGGUUUACAGGGCACAACAGUAGUGAAUACGUUUCUCCUCUUCGUUUUUCGGGACUGAAGCUGCGCCUGAGCGGUCUGAAUACUGAAAGCACUGAAACGCAGCCCGCCCCUUUAGCACUGGCUUAUUCCUUCCGUAAUCAUAUGCACGAUAUCGCGUUGCCGCCUGACACGACAGGAGCCUCAAGGACAAGGACGCAACAUGGGGAAGAUAAUGCGGUUUCCCAUAAUUCUGAACAGCUGCAGCAUCACUUGCGGCUUUUGGAGAAGGCGGGUCAUGCUGUAGCAGACAGUCGUCCGGCUGCUGCCGGUGAAUCUCUCCUAUGGCCAGAGCAGCCCUCAGACCAGCUUCGCACAGUACACGAAUCUGUGGUGUCUCGGGGAGAGAGGUCAGUAGCGUUUGCUGAAGCAGCGUCAUCUCUGUGUUCGAACCACCGGUUUCGACGGCAUCCUGAUGGAUCCUAUGAAAUACUUCCUUGUCAGACAAGAGACGAAGAUGAUAAGGGAGGAGAGGCCUUCCAUGCACAGAAUCAAGCAAGGACUCUCGCGGGAUCGUACGCGACAUCUGAGCCCAUGGAAGUAAGCAACAUUUCCAAACCCCACCUUGGUUCUAAGUUGAAGUGCCCCGUUUGUGGGAGGGCGGGCGGCGACGUAGGUUCUGAGCCACCUCAACAGUGCCAUCGAUUCUGCCGCCCCUGCUCUGCGGCAAGAAUCCGGCAGCUUGAAAAGAAGCUCAUCAAACAGAGGCAGACCACUGAAGGUCUCAGACGUCGCCUGCAGGCCGAGCUCGACCGCAACAGCAAGGCGGAGGGGCAUCCAGAGCCAGCAGGUGGAAGGCAAGGCGUGGAGACGCCUCCGCUCGAGCAGCGCGGCCAACUCACCAUUGGAAGGGGAGUCUUGGAUCCCCGCCACGGAUCAGGAAUUAGGCUCCCGGCCGGUGGAAGCGUUUUCCCGAGACCAACGGAGCUCGCAGCCCGCACGAACGGGCCGUCGGGCGCUGCAGACAGCUUCUGUCAUUUGGUUUCUGCUGGAGAGAAAUUAGCGCGCAAGGACGCCGGAUGCCCAUCGAGCAGGCGGAGCAGCUUCCUGAGCGCAUACAGCCAGGCAAUCGAAAGCAGCUGUGGCAGCGACGCUCCUGCAGCCGCGGAAGCGUCUGUGGCGCGUGGAGAAGGCGUGGAUUCCGCUUUGACAGAGGCAGCGGUCGCAAAUCUAGUAGGAGCUAUCCGCCGCGGAGGGAAUUGCACUGUAUCAACUAACCAGCGAUUCAACACAAGGGGAGGGGACGCGGAGCAGGGGGACUUGCUCCAGUGCUUGCUCAGAGGCGCGCCACAGGAGGGCAACGGUGGGAAACAGAAGGACGCGGCUGGUCUCACAAAGUCAGGGGAACGCGUGCAGGACAGCGGAGUUUCCAGGGGGCCGCAAGAAAGAUAUCAAGCGUGCGGUGAGGCUGAAACGGGCAGGAGGAUUGCGCAGGAAUUCGCUUGGGAAUGGAGAGGGACAAGACCUGCGCUGCGGCACAAGACCGUCCCGGAGCUGCAAGGGAUGGCGGCCUCCCUUCGACAGCAGGUGUCUGAACUACGUUGUCGUCGGCGCCUGCUUCACGCGCACCUUCGUCAGCAGCGCCGCACGGUCUCCAGCCUCCUCGCUUGCCGCACGUCGGAGAGAGAGGGAGACUCAGCGGGACUCCGAGCCAUGAUUUACGCUCAUGGACAAGCGGACGGGGACUGGAUCGGCGCGCCAAACCCUCCAAACCGCCUGGCCGCGGAGGAAGCCGCGGGAGAUCUGUGCUCCCAUAUUCUCGUCCGCCUCGUCCAGGACAUUCUCGGAGAGGCGGACGAAGAGUCAGAACAGGAAAGAGUGGAGGACUCGUUUUUAGAUUUUACCCCCUCUGAAACGCAGCGGCACCUUCGCCUCCCGGCGACUCGGGGACGCCUGUAUCAUGGCCUGCGGCACCAGUAUGUGCAGCCGCUUGUAUGCUCCGAUGGGGCUGGACCGGCGGCGCUCUGCGACCUCGCGGCGGAGCUGCGGAUCACGGAGGAAGCCCUGCGGCAAAUGCGGGAUCUUCGCUGCCAGGAGGUCCUCAGUAUGUUCGCUUUCCAGCCGUCUGAGCGGCCGCGUGUCCCGCUAGAGAGCUCCAUCAACUCAGCACGAGUCACGCGUUCUACCGCAUUCUCAUCAGCUGAAACGGGCGGGGGCGAGCAAACCGAACCAACCGCAGCUGGCAUGUCUGCGCCGCACACGGAGUCGCCGAAAAACGCCAACGAAGAAAACGACGACGAUCAGAAGAAGGGCACCUGGAUUCAAGUCUCGUCGCUCGAUGACGGGCUGAGGAAACCCGAUGGUCUGCUUCCGGCUCCGAAAAAAGCGGCUCUGGACCUGCAGGCAGCGCUGAAUAUCUUGGCGUACAUCGUCGCGGCAUUGGCCUCCUACCUCGAUGUAAUUUUGCCGUUCCCUGUCUAUCUCCUGCCUUCGGCUUCUCACAGCCAACUCCACAAGAGGAAGUCGCGCCUGCGGCGUGGACCGUCGUUUUCCUCCGCUGCGUGCCCGUCUUCGCCUUCCUCCUGUGAAGUCGAGUUGGGAAGGAGCCGGCACGCUCACCGAGGUGCGUGCCUGCCGGGAGAAGCCGCGAAAGCCCGUGCGACGAGUGCGACGCUCCCUGCUUUGGGCGUGAUGAGUGCGUUCGAGGCAAGGCACCUGACCCACUCUGAGACAGACCCAGUCAGUCCGCAGAGCGGCGGAUUUGAGCUCAACCUGCAAAUGGCGAUUCCACGGACGGCGGCAGAGCCUCCGCCUCCAGAGACUUCUGGGCUUCCGCGAAUGCCGCCUGAAGAGGGGCUGGCGCAUGCCGCCGCCGGAAGGAAAGCGUGCGCGGGCGAGCCGAGGGUAGCCCUGGGGACGCGUGGCGUGGGGUUGUCGGAAGUUGGUUUCGACGAUCGUGGCGAACUGGCGGUGCCGCCAACUCGUUCCUUCGUAAGCGCGAAGCCUUCCACGCUGCAUAUCGCUGCCUCCGCGGCUGCGGCGCCGGCGUUAGGAAAGGCUCUGGAGGGCGGGAGCCUGCCGCCUCGCUCGACCGUCUCCCUCAUGCAGACUGAAGUAGCUCGUGUUAGUGCGCGAGGGGUGCCAAGUAAAGAUCGCGCGGUGAAACAGGCCUCCCGUGAACGUGAAAGAGGAACCUCACCCUUGUCUCUAGACUCAAGCGCCUUCGCGCCUUCGGCGAACGACCAGCCCUCUGAGGCGCAGCUGUCGCUUGGCGUCUCCGUUUUCACUGCGUGCAACCUCGCAGAGCUGCCUCUGCGCGGGGCAAGGAUUCUGCAGGGUUCGAUCUCCGCGUCUUCGUCUCAUUCCACCUCGCGUCGUCUGCCGAGUCCUGACGCGCUCUUUGAAAGUUUUCCUGGGUCUUGCUUAGCGUGUGAAGCAGACGCCCGCGCGGCCUCCGCGGCCUCCGCCUCGCGUGCCGCUCUCGGCCGUGGUGAAGGCCGCGCGCGCUCCAGCAGCCGCUGGUCGGUCGUCGAAGAUCUCUUCGGUGCCCAGCAGCAGCUGCGGGGGGGCGUCAGACGGGGCGACUGGGCAAAGAUCUUUCAUCCCCACCGUCCCACCCUCCGGCGCGCUGGUCAAGGCCUUAGCAGUCGAAGCGUCGCACGCCUUCUGGCGGACCGGAUGCCAGGCAUGCUGAGCUCCGCGGGCCCUGCGGCGGCGCGGUUUUCCCUGGGAGCUCUGCGUGAGAGCUUCGCUGGCCCCACAGCGUGGCGAGCGCCUGAGGAGGGCGCAGUCAGCCACUGCAUGGACUGGACGGGCUGUGAAAGCCGCGGGGAGACCGGAUGGACGGGGCCGGAGGAGACCCUGGGGCGAACCUGCAACAGAGGGGUGGGGGGUCAGAGAGGAAACGAAGUAGCCAGUCUACUCGGCUCGAGGCGCGAAGACGACGCGAGAGCUGCCUUGUGCGGCGUCACCGGAGGUGGAGGAAGAGACGUCCAGGUGUCUGUCGCAGAAGCUGCACGAGCGCUAGGAAGUCGCAGUCGGCCGAGAGGCGGUGCGGAGGAAGCGCGCAGUUCUCCGUCCUCUCUCUUUGUGAGCCACGAAGGCGGGAGUUGUCGUCAGCACAGAGCCUCGCCUGCACGGAGCUGGCUGCCGGACGUCGGGCGUCAGCCGCCCGGCACGUGUCAAGAGAGCGCGGCGAAGAAGGCCGAAGCCGGUGCAUGCACUUCUUCUGAGGAGAGAGACAGGGGAGUUAUAUCGGGGGCAAACACCACGGGGGCACUGAGGCUUCCAGCAGUCUCGUCUGCGUGUUUCUCUCUGGCGUCGUUUGGCUCGCUGCCAGCAGAGAAAGGCUCUCUGCCUCUGUUCUCCUGGAGCGGAGCGACAAUGGCCGCAGCUGCUCGGGCCGCGCGAGAGCGUCACUCCGCGGAGGUGUCGAGAAAGAGGGAUGCGUUGCUCGCCAGGGGCCGCGGCGUCGCCGUACGCGUGGGUGGACUGAGACAGACUGUGGUUUCGCGAGGGGCAGAUGCAGCAGGCAGACCGGCAGGAGCGGAACUGAACAAACCGGCUGGAGGCGUGGGCGUGCGGAGUGAGGCCGGGAGGGCAGGCCGGCAGCAGAUUGUCACAGAGGAAGUCCUCACGCUCUGGAUCGGAGCGGAGGAUGUACCCGAGUCGCAUGCGGCUUCUGCGUCAUCCUCUUCCACCGUUUCUCCGUAUGUCGUAGAACCCCCUGGCGACUCAGAUUCGGAGACCCCAUUCCGGGCUACUGAGAGGCACAGCAGCACGCAACAGAGCGAUGAUGGCGUGUCGGCAAAGGACGUAGGCACUGAAUGCGGACUGGAGGUUGAUGCGCGCGCUGGAGAGCCAAGACAACAGUCGAUACAACACGUGGGUCAGCGGGGGUUGGAUCCUUCUCGUGGGUCUGUACCCGAGUGGCGGUGCGUAUGGGUGAAGCAAGCAGAGGCAUUUUCUUUCCCUGGAGCACCCUCCCAAGCAGCAGAUCCGCUGGGCGAAACGCCGGCGGCAGGCGCAGGAUUGCGAGACGCGUGUGAGCCGCACCAGGCGGAGACACGCCUGCCUGGCUUUGCCGUCUCCAUACCUGCGGGAAUGCCUAAACGGGGGCCUUCCUACGUUCCGCCUCAUGCUGAGGGACGCAGAGAAAACAGCGAGGCAGGGGAGACAUCGGAAGCCAGUCUCCCUGGGUGGCCGCGGGCGGCAGCACUGAAGGCUGAUCCACGCGCAGAAGGGGGCACAGGAGAUUUUACAGCGGUAUCUCCUGAGAAAGGACGCUUUCAAGAGGAGGGAGGAGAUUCCGAAAGCCAGCGAAAGGGCAGGCUUGUACCUGCUUCCGCGAGUAGCGCCUCAGGCCCCUCGCGCGGGCAGGCGCGGGGAAUCCCUGCAGGCGCAGGCAGAGCAGAAGACACCCCAAUGAAGGAUGCAGUUGACGAGGGCACGUCUCCCGAGGCCUGGAGACGCGCACACGAUCGGGGAGACCACCCAGGAGCCUCGGAGAAGAGCCCCAGCGAUAGCCUGGAGUUUUCAGAGGCGUGGAGAAUGGCGCGCUGCGAAGAAGACUCACAGGGAGCAGACGAGGAAGAAACAAGCUUCUGCGAUAACGUCGCCGUGGACUUCCAUGUCGCGCGGGCGGUCGUCGUUCACAGAGGCACGGGUGAGGCAUUUCGUCUAAGCGUAGUGGACGGCGACUCCAAGCCAGAGAGGCUGCAGACGACUCUUCAACUUCUCAACUGGGACCUUCUGGCGCUGUAUUUGGGCAAGGAGGGCGUCCUCCCUCCGGUCGCUAUUUGGGGGGAUACCUUGGCGCUUCUCGCCCAACUGAUGACCUCGGAGGCUCUCUCCGAGUGUGCCCCAUUCCUGUCGUCCUUCGGAAGCCUGGACGCCGGAGUCGGCGCGGGGCCUGAAAGCCUGCAGCGGGCGCCAUGGGCGGCGCGCCUCUGGAACGGAGCUGCGGCCUCUGUGGCACCUGGGGGGGUCGGCGCGGCGGGCUGGAGCCGGCUCUCUGCGACAAUGCAGUCUUUCCCUCCCCUUCUGCUUCUCAACGCUGCAGUGUGGGGCGCAGGGUCUGCCAUUUGUUCCUCCGCCCGACAAAGCAGCGAGGCAGGCGCAGGCGGCUUGGAGGCCUGCGUCGUGCGUGGAGGCUUCAGUCGUCGCGUGGAGGGCGGCACAGCAGUUUCAGAGGGAACGGGCGCUCAAGGAGAGGACGGACACGCAUCUUCUGCAGAGGUGACCACAGGACUUGCUGCUGCGCCGGCAGUCUCCUCGCUGCUGGAGGAGCGCGAGGAAGAUGGAUGGAUGCUCGUCGGCAGCCGACAAAGCCGCGCAAAACGGAAAGGCGUUGGCAUCCCGUGGCCUGCCGGGGAUGUCUUGAGUCAUGGGCCUUCGUUAUCACCGGAACCUGAAGGCAUCCCAACUGUAACAGGAACCCGCGAGUUGCUUACAGCGCAUUGCCGAGAAUCUUUGGCAGACCGGGCCAUUCGGUCUUCCGAGCAUCUGGAAGGCGAUGCACUCUCGAAAAGUGCCUCUCGUGCUUCACAGGAGGUGGUGGCUUCCACAGAUGCAACGUAUGAGAUUAGCCACGUGGUCCCUGGAGGCCGGCGGCUCCAGGAGGUCUUCCAGGUAUCUCACGUUCUAGGCGAGUCUCUCAGCGCGGCGCCGCCCCGCGAGCUGCUGGUCAGGCGUGUGGAACCGUGCUCUCCGGAAGGGAUUGAGACUGAACGGGCAAGUGCAGUGGACGCUCAGCAUACACUAGAGCGACAACGUGCGCCUUUGGCGGGCGACCUGAGAGAGAAGGAGGUUGCGAGGCGACGCGCAGACAGGGAGUGCGACUCAGCUUUUUUCCGGAGGCGGGGUCCGACGGUUAGCGAUUUGGUUUGGCCGCCGUCUUUGUGCGAUGGGAGUCGACAGGGGCGUCUCGAGUCGGUCGCUGAGUGCGUCUUGCCCGUGCCGAUUGCAGAGGAUGAUGGCGAGGGAGACGCAGCCGACUGUGGGUACGAGAUGGGGACUCGCGAAGAACCUUCCUUCUCUCGGAGGGAGUUCCAACUGAGCUUGGAUCACCACCCUCAUCUGGUGGACACAGCCGACGCCGCUGCAUUGACUCCACUGGACGCGAAGAGCCCAGGGGAAACAGAUCGAAUGCGUCCUCUCAGUUCGCCUGGUGGCGAGCGCUCCUUGUGCAGUGAGGUUGCUGCAGCGCCGCCAGAAGAGGCUCCCAUCCGGCGCGGCUCACCUGUGCAAGCGACUGCUCAAAUCAUCGCCCCUCCGCCCAGCGCGCCGGGGAGAGACGGAGAAGCGUUCUGCGUGGCUUUUGUUGAGGCCCCUUUGGUCGAGGGGGAGACUAAAACCCUAAACCCUGAACACACUUCGUGUCCAUGCCCUGUGGGAUCGACGCGUGCUGGACAGCGGAGCCGGGCGCUAGUCGCCGAACUGCAAGACAUACCUUCGCUCUAUGAAGGCGGUCCGACCGUACUGGAACCGCCCUCCGCCGGUAACUGUUACCCCUUCUUUUUCUCUAGCGCCGGAACCAGCUGGAGCGGAGCCCCUCCGAGAUCCUUUCGCCGGCUGUCAACGUCUGCAUUGCUCAACUCCCCCACGCAGUUGCCAGCGGAACCAUCAAACGCAGACAAGUGA